AUGUUUUUUGCAAAUAGUGGCAACAAACUGGCUACUUCAAGUGGUGACACUGCAGUUAAAUUAUGGGAUCUAUGUAAAGGUGAUUGCAUUUUGACCCUCGAGGGACACAGCCAUGCAGUGUGGUCCUGCACGUGGCACUCCUGCGGCAAUUUUGUGGCUUCUUCCUCACUGGACAUGACUAGUAAAAUCUGGGAUGUUAAUAGUGAAAGAUGCAGAUGUACUUUGUACGGACACACAGAUUCUGUGAACAGCAUUGAGUUUUUUCCUUGCUCCAAUAUUCUUCUCACAGGUUCUGCAGACAAGUCUCUGUCUAUAUGGGAUGCAAGAACGGGUAAAUGUGAGCAGUCACUUUAUGGUCACAUGCAUUCUAUCAAUGAUGCCACCUUUGCUCCUAGGGGUCACAUGAUAGCAUCCUGCGAUGCCUGUGGGGUUUUAAAGCUAUGGGACUUCCGGAAGCUCUUGCCAAUUGUGUCUAUCGACGUAGGUCCAAGUCCUGGCAAUGAGGUGAAUUUUGAUUCGUCAGGUAGGAUCCUUUUGGUUUAA